CAAAUAUUUAAGAUAUAAAUUGUAUAACCUCUUAAAAUAGCAUUUUAUAGCAUACUAUACCACAAACACUUGGAUAAAUUAAUUUAGUAAAUCUUCAAUGGCUCAUGAUAAAAAAGCUGUAAGGCGAAGUCGAUCACGUGAACGUGAUCGUGAACGUGAAAGAGAUCGAGAAAGACGAGAUAGAAGACGAUCAAGAAGUAGAUCAAAGGAUCGGAAAAAAGAUAGAAAACGUUCAAGAUCGCGUGAAAGAUCAAGGGAUAGGUCACGCGAGAAAGAUAGGGAUAGAUCAAGAGAAAGACGAGAAUUUAAGGAUAAAUCAAAAGAUGAGAAAAAACGUAAACCAAGUCCUAUAUUUAUCAUAGAAGAUGAAAACAAAAAAGAAAGUAAAACUGAACCAAAAAAGGAAGAGGAAGAAAUUAAUGAAAAACCAAAGCCUCCACCAAAGAAGGAACCACUAAGUUUAGAAGAGUUAUUGGCUAAAAAGAAAGCAGAAGAAGAAGCACGUGCUAAACCAAAAUUUUUAACUAAAGAAGAACGCACUGUUCUAGCAUUGCAAAAACGUCAAGAAGAAGUUGAAGCUAUAAGAAAGCAGCAAGAGGAUAUACGUAAAUCUUUUCAUAGUGAAAGUAUUGGAAAAGAUAGGGAAUGGGAUGAUAGGGAUAGGCGUAGAGAUGGUCAGCGUACAAGGGAAGAUGAGAUUAAAGACAAGGAUAAGGAAAAAGAAGUAGAAGCUAUUAAGGAACGUUAUUUAGGAUUAGUGAAAAAGAAACGUCGUGUUAGAAGAUUAAAUGACAGAAAAUUCGUAUUUGAUUGGGAUACCUCAGAAGACACAUCUGUUGAUUACAAUAGUAUUUACAAGGAAAGACAUCAGGUUCAAUUCUUUGGUAGAGGAAAUCUUGCUGGAAUAGAUAUUAAAGCCCAAAAACGAGAUCAAAGUAAAUUUUAUGGAGAACUAUUGGAAAAAAGAAGAACAGAAGCUGAAAAAGAACAAGAGAAAAUGAGGUUAAAGAAAGUAAAAAGGAAAGAGGAGAAACAAAAAUGGGAUGACAGACAUUGGUCAGAGAAAGCUCUUCAUGAAAUGACAGAAAGAGAUUGGCGUAUAUUUAGAGAGGAUUAUAAUAUUACCAUAAAAGGAGGACGUAUACCUGAUCCAAUUAGAUCAUGGAAAGAAUCAGGAUUUCCAAAAGAAAUUCUUGAUAUUAUUGAUAAAGUGGGAUAUAAAGAUUUAACACCUAUUCAGAGACAAGCUAUUCCCAUAGGACUUCAAAAUCGUGACAUUAUUGGAGUUGCUGAAACUGGUUCUGGAAAAACUUUAGCAUUUUUAAUUCCAUUAUUGUUAUGGAUUACUAGUUUACCAAAAAUUGAAAGAUUAGAAGAAGCAGAUCAAGGUCCUUAUAGCAUAAUCUUAGCACCAACUCGCGAGUUAGCUCAACAGAUUGAAGAAGAAACUAAUAAGUUUGGGCAACCAUUAGGUAUAAGAACAGUAGUUGUUGUAGGUGGUCUUUCGAGAGAAGAACAAGGAUUUAGAUUGAGAAUGGGUUGUGAGAUUGUUAUAGCCACACCAGGACGAUUAAUUGAUGUAUUAGAAAAUCGAUAUUUGGUUUUAAAUCAGUGUACAUACAUUGUAUUGGAUGAAGCUGAUAGAAUGAUAGAUAUGGGUUUUGAGCCAGAUGUCCAAAAAAUUUUGGAAUACAUGCCAGUUACAAAUCUGAAACCAGAUAAUGAAGAUGCUGAAAAUGAAGAGAAACUUUUAGCUAAUUACAAUACAAAGAAAAAAUAUAGACAAACUGUAAUGUUUACGGCAACUAUGCCUCCUGCAGUAGAACGAUUAGCUAGAACUUAUUUAAGACGACCCGCUGUUGUAUACAUAGGUAGCGUAGGAAAACCGACAGAAAGAACAGAACAAAUCGUACAUAUAAUGGGUGAAGCCGAUAAGCGUAAGAAAUUAAUGGAAAUACUUAGUAGAGGAGUUGAGCCACCAGUAAUUAUAUUCGUUAAUCAAAAGAAGGGAGCUGAUGUUCUUGCAAGAGGUUUAGAAAAAUUGGGUUAUAAUGCAUGUACACUUCAUGGUGGUAAAGGUCAAGAACAAAGAGAGUAUGCACUUGCAUCUCUAAAAAGUGGCAGUAAAGAUAUUUUAGUUGCCACUGAUGUAGCAGGUCGUGGUAUUGAUAUUAAAGAUGUAUCUAUGGUCAUUAACUAUGAUAUGGCUAAGACUAUAGAAGAUUACACUCAUCGUAUUGGUAGAACUGGUCGUGCUGGAAAAGCUGGUCUUGCCAUUUCAUUUUGUACUAAGGAUGAUAGUCAUCUAUUCUACGAUCUAAAACAAACUAUUCUUGCAAGUCCUAUAUCUACCUGUCCACCUGAAUUACUAAAUCACCCAGAUGCUCAACAUAAACCUGGUACAGUGGUUACGAAGAAACGUCGAGAGGAGAAAAUAUUUGCCUAA